UUAAAAAAAAAAUGAGCUUUUAAAAGUAAUUUAAAUAAUUUUCGAAGAAAUACAUAUCAUUGUGACAUAUCGAUUAUUUCAUACAACUGGAUGUAUUAUGGAGUACACAUUACUAUGCAACACGUGUUAAUUAAAAUCUACGUCUUUGAAAAUGACUACGUAAACAUUGCACUUUAUUGUCAUCACACAUAUGUCUUUUUUCAAAAUUCUAAUUAUACUUGAGAUAAGAAAAAAUAGUUUUAACAUAGAAAAGAGUUUGUUUGAUUGAUUAUUAGUAAAAAAAAAAUAAAAUAAAUUGAAAGAUAAUAUUUCAAAAUGCAAGAAGAAAACAGUGAAUUCGUUGAUAUAUUAAUAGAAAGAAGAAAAUAUUCUGAUUUCUUAUGGGUUUCUAGACAUAUGGAUAUACAAAUGCCUCAUAAGUUACCACCAGAAUUAAAAUUAUCUAGAAAUCAAAUAAUAAAUGCAGUAUUAAAUAAUCAACGUAUCAAAGAAGUAAUCAAUUAUUUAGCCAAAAAUCAAAAUGUAUCUAAAUCUGUUAUUGAAAGAAAUGCUUAUGACGUUUUACAAGAAAUGGCGAGCAAGGCUCAUUUACCUACAGUUCGUUGGCUAGGUUUCUUUAUAUCUAAAUUUUUGAAGAAAAUUUUUCGCAAUAUUUAUAUUAAUGAAGGGACAAUGUUAAACUUGAGAAAUCAAAUGUCUACUUAUCAACUACAAUAUGUUUAUGUACCUUCACACAGAAGUUAUUUAGAUUUCAUCUUAUGGUCAUGUUUUCUCUUUUAUUACGAUAUGUCCUUACCAAAUGUAGCAAGUGGUAUGGACUUUUAUCAAAUGAAAUUUAUUGGAGAAAUAUUACGUAAAACUGGAGCGUUUUAUAUGAGACGUAGCUUUUCUAACGAUUUGUUAUACAAAGAAAUUUUUAAAGCUUAUAUUACUUGUAUUACAAAUUACAGCGACAGAGCUAUUGAAUUUUUUAUCGAAGGUACUCGCAGUAGAAGUCAAAAAAGUAUUGAACCAAAAUAUGGUCUUUUAUCUAUCAUUUUAGAUAGUUAUCUUCAAAGCAAUGUACCUGAUAUUCAGUUUGUUCCAAUUAGUAUUAGUUAUGAUCGGCCAAUAGAAGAAAACUUGUUUGUUUAUGAACUGUUAGGUGUGCCAAAACCAAAAGAAACAACAAUCGCUUUAUUACGAUUUAUGUCAUUAUUAAAAGAUCUUGGUUCUUAUGGAACAGUCUUUUUCAAUAUCGGCAAACCUAUUUCUGCUUCUCAAUAUAUAUCAUUAAAGGAUCGUAAAACCAGAGUUAUGAAUCCUGAUUAUAAAUUAUCAUCAGAUAUUAUCAAAAAUUUAGCAUAUGACAUAAUAGAUACUCAUCAAAAAAAUACAGUGCUUACUACUUUCAAUAUAAUUGCUUUGUUGUUUAAUGAAAGAAUACAAACGUAUCCUGGAAAUCCGUAUACUCUUGAAACAUUGGUGGAAGAUUACAGAUGGUAUAAACAAUGGCUUUCCUCAUUAGGAGCUGUGUUCUAUCCAUCAGUUAAUAACAAUGUGACUACUGAUGAAUUAUAUAAGGAAAUAUUAUUAUCAUUAGAAACACAUUCAGAAUUACUUAUGUUAGAUAAAUCAAAAGUAUUACAUUUCCACACCAAAUAUACAGAAGCAAAAUUGGAAGGAAAUACAGACAUGAAGACAUAUAAGUUGAACGAACGUAUUAUGAAAAUAGCAAUACCAGCUAUUAAUUUAACUAUUUAUGUGAACGCUACGUUAUAUUUUCUUGUUAAAUUAGGAAUGAUUACAACAACUGUUGGAUUAGACACAAUUAAUAUUGAUGAAGCCUUUGAACGAUACGUUUUAUUAAGGAAAUUAUUAAGUACAGAAUUUGCGUUAUUUCCAAAUCCAAAUUCUUCUGUCAUUUAUUUGGAAUGGCAAAAAUCGAUUGAUAUUUUAUUGAAAGAAAAUUGUUUAAAUAUUAAGGAUAAUUUUAUUACGGGACAAAAAACUGCUUUGUUUACUCUACUGCAUAAUCUAAUGUUACCAUUUAUCGAUGCUGCACGUUUUACCUGUACUACUUUACUCAACUGGAAUGAAUCAAUUCUGGGUGCCAUAACAAAUCAAAAAAUAUUGAAAGAAUGUCAGAAACAAGUAGAAAUAGCAUUAUUGGAGAAAACUAAUUCUCGUCCUCAUCCAUACUGUUUGUCGCUUGACCUAUUCAAAUCCACAUUGUUUAAUCUUUUACAACAAGGUAUUGUUGUAAAAUCCGAAAAAGAAGGUAUUUAUUUAAUCAAUAAAAUACAAAUAGAACUUCUCAUUAAGAAAUUACGUCAGUUGCCAUUAUUACAUCCUUCGGGAUCUUAUAACGAUAUUACUUUAUCAGUGUUAAAUAAUUCGUUAUCCAUAAAAGCUAAAUUAUGAAAAAAAA